AUGAGGAUUGAGAAGUGUUGGUUCUGCUCGUCAAACAUAUAUCAAGGACACGGGACUGUCUAUGUCAGAAACGAUGCAAAGGUCUUUAGAUUCUGUAGGUCUAAGUGCAGGAAGUUCUUUGAAAGGCGUGUGAAUCCAAGAAGAGUGAAAUGGACAAAGAUAGCAAGGAAGAUGGCUAACAAGGAGCUCUGCAAUGACACAGUCCUGACAUUUGAGCGCCGCCUGAACGAGCCUCGAAUAUAUGACCGUGGUGUGGUGGAAAAGACACUCUCUACUAUUCCAAAGAUACUUGAAAUAAGAAAGAGAAGAGAAGACUUCUUUAUCAAAGAUAGAAUUCUCACUGGGCAGGAAAUGACGAAGGAAAGUGAUCUGAAGUACAUCGAAAGGCAUGCUAAUUUACUUGAGGAGGAAAUAUCCAGUGAAAAACAUGUUGCUAAGACUAAGAAGAAAGAACCUCAGGUUAAUUAA